UAUACUGACAAUUUUCGUUGGACUUUCGAUGGCCUCGGUGACAGAUGUUUUUUGUUUUCUGGUUAGGGUAUUUUGAGAGAUGAAGGCCUUUAUCCAGUUCUGCUCUUACCCUAUUUUGAAGGCUUCUCUUAGAUAUUGCAAUGGAUUCUGAGCAGUUCAAGAAAUUGCAGUCUAGUGGAAAGCAUGAGCGCAUGGGAAGCUAUGGAGAAAAGGAGAUCAAACGAAAACGGACAGAUGAUGGUGAAGAUGAUGAAGUCCAACAAUUUUUCGCUUUGGUGGAUAGAAUCCAAGCGAUGCACAGACAUUUUAGACAGAAGCAAGUGAACCCUGUUUCUGCAGAGUUGGUGUCUUCAAUGGAAGAAAAUGUGGGUGCUAAUAUUAUCAAACGUGAAUCAAUCUGGAAGCCUUCAUUUGAACCAGAGGACUUUUCUUAUCUGUAUUCAAACGUUCACCCUUCUGCACAAAGUGAAUCCACUUCAUGUAUGAACAACAGUGCAACAGCUUCUGGUGCAUCCAAACAGCUAGAUCGUGGAACUGAUAAAUCUAUGCCUACAGAGAGAUUUGAUUUAAAUGUAGAGCCAGCUUCAUAACAAGGGUUAUUCUACAUUACCAGAUUGUUGCCAUGCGCCAACAUCAGGCAAUUGGUGAUUGCAUACAUCUUCAGGGGACUAGUCUCCCUAGUCUACCCUCAACUCGUUCCUUCCCUGACCCCAACUUGGCUUGGCAGAAACAGUAAGUCCAAAGUAAGGUAGGUAGGGGGCUAGGCUGGCUUGGGUCAUGAAGAUACCCUUGAGUUAACAAAAAAAUAAAAAAAUAUAAGAAUAAAAACAAAACUUUGAUGAAUUUUUUCUUCUUUCUAUCUAUUGAUGGGUGAUGGAGUUUGAUCGGUAAUGUUGAUAAAAUAAACUUAUACAAUUGAUAGCAAAAACUCUGUACAAUAACAUUAUGGA